CAUCAAGACACAGCUUCAGAACGUCGCUUCUGCUGGGAGCAAAGCAUGCCGGGAAUGGUGUUCGGGCAUGCGGAACUGUAUGAAUUUCAGUGAACUGUGUAAGAUGCGAGCAUGUUGACAUUCUUCUGUUAUUACCAGUGGUCUACGGGCGUUUGCCACAUUACCUGGGAAAACCAGUCGAAAUGCAAAUAUUGCACAGGUUUCACUGAAGAUCUCUUCGCUGCUUAGUAUCUUAAAGACGUGAUAUAAAAUAUACACAACCAUGGCGAACGAACAUGCGAGCAUCCUGUUCAAGCUGUAUUGCCUGACAGUGAUGACACUGGUGGCAGCGACCUACACUGUGGCAUUGCGUUACACAAGAACAGUUUCAUCGCAAUUGUACUUCUCCACCACCGCAGUGUGUAUCACUGAAAUUAUUAAGCUCUUCAUAAGUAUUGGGCUUCUAGUCAAAGAAACUGGAAGUGUUGGCAGAAUGCUGUCCUCAAUCAGAGAACAUGUAUUUGGAAGCCCCAAAGAGCUGCUCAAGCUGAGUGUCCCAUCUCUAGUAUAUGGCAUUCAGAACAAUAUGGCCUUCGUGGCACUAAGCAAUCUCGACGCAGCUGUGUACCAGGUGACGUACCAGCUGAAGAUCCCGUGCACGGCUCUCUGCACUGUGCUCAUGUUGAACAGGUCUCUCAGCAAGCUGCAGUGGUUUUCUGUCUUCAUGUUGUGUGGAGGGGUCACAUUAGUCCAGUGGAAACCUGCAGAGGCAUCCAAUAUUCAGGUUGAACAGAACCCCUUAUUAGGUUUUGCCGCUAUUGCAAUUGCUGUUUUGUGCUCUGGAUUUGCAGGCGUCUACUUUGAGAAAGUCCUGAAGAGUUCCGACACGUCUCUGUGGGUGCGGAACAUUCAGAUGUACCUGUCUGGGAUUGCGGUGACGCUGGCAGGAGUCUAUAUGACUGAUGGCGCCCAGGUGAUUGAAAAGGGCUUUUUCUACGGCUACACGCCGUGGGUCUGCUUUGUCAUCUCUUUGGCCAGUGUUGGUGGUUUGUACACAUCGGUGGUUGUGAAGUACACCGAUAAUAUUAUGAAAGGGUUUUCUGCUGCAGCUGCCAUCAUUCUUUCUACCAUUGCAUCUGUGAUCCUCUUCGGUUUACAAAUCACUGUCAGCUUUGCUACUGGUGCCUUGCUUGUGUGUGUUUCUAUAUACAUGUAUGGCUUACCGAAGCGAGACACAACAAAUCUUGGAACUGAAAGCUCCAGUAAAUCCAAGGAGAAGCUGCUAGCUGUGUGAGCUCAUCCGGAGCGCUGGGGGAGCGGAUCCAUGAGUCAGGCGCUCGGGAGUCUCCAGCAGGAACGUUUUUCUCUUUACAAACUGCAGAGGGCACAGCAUUGUGGCAGUGCAGUGGUCUUCAACAGAAUCAUUAGACUUUUGUUCUCUGGAUAAAGGCUGAAAAAGUUUCCUGUGUUGGGGACAUAACGGUGAUUGCCAUAAUAUGUCAAGAAAUAUUCAUAUUAUGAUUUUUUUUUAAUUAUUAUUUUUUUAAAUAUGAAGGUGAAAAGAUCAGCUGCACGAAUGGUCCAGGAGUUUAAAUUUGUUUUAAACAUGCCACUUUAAAAAAAAAAAAAAAAAAAACUUGUUUUUGCCAUUUCUGAUUAGACUAAAAGUAAUACCUGAAUUCCUUGCCAGAAGAGAGAAGCAUGUAAGAGCAUUUUAAAAACGCAUACCCACAUCCAACCUGUUUCCUGUAGACAGGUAAGAUUAAAAACACAAGCACUACAGAGAAUGUUUUUUUUUUAUUACAAAACAAAGGUGUAGUCACUGAUAUGGUUUCAUGUGGCAAUUUAAUGUUAAAAAAAUAUAUAUUCAUGCGCGUUUACAUGUAUUAACUAUUUCAGUAUUUUUUACUUUAAAACGUUGCAUGAAAGCAUUAAGACAAACCUAGGGGGUGUGAUUGACACAGUCUGAGUAAUGCAGUCUGCAGCUGUGUGGAUUGUGCAUAACGUCACGCCGUGGCUGUGAUUUUAAGAGGCAGCCCCCCAAUACCUCUGGAAAACAUUUUUUUUCAUUAAAUGGUGUCACAAUUGCAGACAAGCAAGUUGGAAAAGAGCUGCUUACUGUCUAUGUGUGGUGGACCUGGAAUCAUUCUGCAUGUGUUGUGCUUUGCAGAAAAUGGGCCAGAAACUGUACUGUCAAUAACAAUAAAAUUAUUCACAUUAAAUUUGAAAUUGUUUUAAACUACAGCACACCAGCUUGGUAAUGAUACAAGCUGGUGCAGAGAGGGAAAGAAAAACUGAAUGUGUCAAGAUAUGGAGCGAAGAAAUACAGCCCGAUCCUCGCCUCCAUGGUACAGGGCCAGGGCUUGUGUUUACAUUUCAUGUUCUGUUUUGCACACAUUUGAGAAUGUUAUUUUAAUUGUUAUGGAUUGAUUUGUAAAGCCUCAAACUGUAAUUUAUGAAAAGUUGAAUAACAAGGUACUAUUUACAAAGCUUUGUAAAUGGAGCGCUCUUUUCUUUAUCCCAGAAGGAAGCUUGAUGACGUGGUUUAAAAUAAAUAUUUGUGUUCCUCCUCCAAA